AUGACUGAGGACGAACACGAUUGGAAAUGCGUUCAAUGUUUUGGUGACAAGGGCGAUGCCGAUGACAUUACUGACGGUAAUUCCGAUCUUAUUACUGCGGUCGAGUUUGAUCCUACCGGCGAUUAUCUUGCGACGGGUGAUCGAGGCGGCCGAGUUGUUUUGUUUGAGCGUAACGACGAUAAACAAGGCUGUGAAUACAAGUUCCAUACCGAGUUCCAGUCGCAUGAAGCAGAAUUUGACUAUUUGAAAAGUUUGGAGAUUGAAGAAAAGAUUAACAAAAUCAAGUGGUGCAAACGACAAAACUCGGCUCAUUUCCUGCUAUCCACGAACGACAAAACAAUCAAGCUUUGGAAGGUGUUUGAAAAGUCGCUCAAGGUAGUGGCCGAGAACAAUAUUCCCACAUCAGCUUCUGCAGCAUCACCACCAUCACAACAACAACAACAACAACAGCACGGUCCUGCACUUCGUAUACCAAAAUUAACACAUCACGACACAAUCAUUGCUGCUGUUCCCCGAAGAGUUUAUGCCAAUGCACAUACCUAUCACAUCAACUCCAUUUCCAUAAACUCGGAUAGCGAAACAUACUUGUCGGGUGAUGAUUUACGGAUCAAUUUGUGGAACCUUGAUAUAUCGGAUCAGAGCUUCAAUAUUGUGGAUAUCAAACCAGCCAACAUGGAAGAAUUGACCGAAGUCAUCACUGCUGCUGAAUUCCAUCCGAUACAUUGUAAUAUGUUCAUGUACAGCUCAAGUAAAGGUGCCAUCAAAUUGAGCGAUAUGCGUGCAUCCGCAUUGUGUGAUCAAUACGCUAAAGUUUACCAAGAACCCGAAGACCCAGCAAGCCGAUCUUUCUUUUCUGAAAUCAUCUCAUCCGUUUCAGACGUCAAAUUCAGUCAAGAUGGCCGAUACAUCUUAUCCAGAGAUUACUUGACCUUGAAGAUCUGGGAUAUCAACAUGGACCACAAGCCUGUACAAACUAUAUAUAUCCAUGACCAGUUACGCAGUAGGCUGUGUGACCUUUAUGAGAAUGAUUGUAUCUUUGACAAGUUCGAGUGCACCUUCAGUGGUGAUGGCAAAUCCGUCUUGACUGGCUCCUAUAGCAACACAUUCCAUAUCUACGACAGUGAAGGCAAGACGGACGUACCGUUGCAAGCGGAUAAAGGCGCAUUCAAAACCGGUAGACGUCCUGGAAGCAAACAGAAAUUGGCAGCAGUGUCGCGUGACAAUAGCAGUAGUGAUGAAAAUGAUGCAUUUUCGUUUGGUCUUGAUGAACUCAACUUUAACAAAAAGAUAUUACAUGCCUCAUGGCAUCCACAAGAGAACACCGUUGCUGUGGCUGCCGCAAACAAUUUAUUUGUAUUCAAGUAA